AUGGAAUCGAGGGUGCACGCCGCCAUGCUGCUGUCGGCAAUCGGCCUCUCGGCCGGUGCGCACUCGGAGCGACGACGGCCGAGCGCUGAUCGCGAGGAUGGCUUGAGACUCGAAUUUGACUUCUCCACCGAGAUCGUCAACAACAUGGCCGGCUUCCCUGGAAGCGACGCCGUCGCUGGCUGCUCAAGUGAUUCGGCGUUUGGGAUCGGCUCGGAUCGUUGCGGCAUUGGCAUACUCUCCGAACCAUACGACGACUACAAAUACCCAGACGGCACCGAAAAAUACCCAAACGCGCCGACCAGCUGGCCAGAGUGGUCGAGCAUUACGGGGCCUUUCAUCUGGGCAGAUGGCGCAUUUAGUGGCAAUGAGUACUACAUCGACCUCAACAACUGCGACUGCAUCGACUUUGACUCGCCGCCCGAGAAGAAGGUGGUCCGCUACGAAAAUGUCGGCGAGUUUUACAAGGACGGCGCAGUCUUCCUCCCCUUCGGCCUCACCGAGGCGGACAACGUCACCCUCGACCUGGUCAUCUCCAACGUCACCGAGUACCGCCCGUGGAACUCGGCACAGAAUGGGCGGAACCGACCCGUCGACCCAGACAGCUGGCAACCGGGCCAGCCGCUUGGCGCCUUCGGUGCACUCAACCUCGCCGCAAACACCUCCAGCAUCUUCCAGUUCGACUUUGUUUUCAAGGCGAGCCGGAACGGGAACACCACGUCGAGCUACGACAUAGUCCUUCCCGAGUACGAGGCCGCCCUCGCCAGUGAGAAGCCGGAGUUCGACACUUGCUUCUUCGACUUCGACACUGGCGUCGACGGUGUGUUGGCCGAGACGAUCACCGCGUUCGACGUUGCCGACUAUUUCACGCACAGCGACCGCGGCACCGCCGCCGACACGGAGGAAGACACCCGCAACCUCCCUUUCGAAGUCUGUCCGAACAUCGACACGUCGGGAGCCAUCAAGUUCGAGUACUUCAACGGUACCACCUACCGGGAUCAAGGGAUCGCCGCUACGGAUGGCAUUGCAAACCCGGGCAUCAUCACAGAAGAAGACAUCGGCCUCGCGCCGCUGCUCGACAAGGCGGCCGCGCAACCUCUCUCGGGGUCAGACAAACUGACCGUGAAGGCCACGGCGCUCUUGGUUGGGAACGGCAACGACAACCCACAGGUCCUCGACGACGUGCUCCUGAACCCAGAAUUGUGCUACCUCUACGACAUCUGCCCGUCGAUCGCAACCCCGGUCGGGUGGCCUGUUACCGUCAGUGGCGUAGCGAACAAAGAGAUCUGCACAGACGGCCUGAGACUCGAAUGUGACUUCUCCACUGACAUCGUCAACAACAUGCGCCGCUGCCUCGGAAGCGACGCCGUUGCUGCCUCCGAGGAGUGCUAUCCGGGCAUCCCCGGUGGGCUGGCUUGCCCGCCCGGGCACUUCCUCGGCUUUGGCAAGAAGGGCGGGUGCCGGACCACGACGUGCGAGACUGGCCAGUACACCGCCCUCCGGGGCAUCACCACUUUUGACGCGUGCGCGGAAAGGGCACGGUGUGAGAUCCACCGCGACGUCCCCGUGAAAACAGCGGCCGACUGCGGGGAGACCGGUCAGGCCCUUGACCACUGUUGCUGCACGCGGGCUUGA